AUGGUGUUUAAGCCAUUCACCCAUCUCGCACGUCAAGCCUUUACGAAGACCUUUGUCCACGGCUACGCUCAGUCCGUAGUUGCCGCAUCCCAAUCGUCCUACGCCUCUACCAACACCUCCCUCAACCAGUUUACGAACCUCCCUGCAAAAUACACACGCACUGCCCAGCUUCAGAGCGCUUUCCAGAACGCUUCUGGCUCCUCGAGUGCGGGCUCAAAGACCGGUCAUGCAUCCUCCGGAAAUUCUGGCAGCGACUCCGGCCUAGCUGCCUACUAUGCGGCUUGGCAGCAAGCUCAACAGAAUGGCGAUGAGAACGAUUGGCACCAAUUCCAGUUCAGAAAGCGAAUUGGCUGGAAGCCAUCUUCCCAGGAUGCAAAAGAAAGUGAGAGCAGUACGGAAUCGAACAAAAAUGUGUCCCCCUUAUCCGCAUCGCAAACCAAGGUCGACAUCUCCAGCCACGAUCCCAAGGAGACCCGGGACUUCAGAAAGGUUGAAAGUGUCGCAGUUGACGCUGAUGUAAGCGCGCAGGUUGAUGAGGCCGUUGCGCGCGAAAUUCAACAGAUCCAUGAUGCGGAGGCACUUAGCCAGGUGGAGGAGGAACCAGAUGUUUCGACCGCGGAGUCCACGAAUGGCGUCGAGUCCAUAGAGGCGGCCUCCCCUAAGCCCACUCCAGAGUCAUCCCUGGAAGAGCCUUCUCUUGAGCUUGAUGAGUCCUCCAAGGAUGUCGAAAUAUUGAAGAAAGUUCAGGCUCAAUCUGGGCGUGUGAUGCAACUAGCAGAUACUAAACAAUACUCGCUCGUACCUGGUGCGUUUGAGAGUAUUCUUAAGGAGGGCCUCGUUCCUACUGUUGGGGCUUACAAUGCCCUGCUUGAGGCUGCCAUCCAUCUCCAUACGGAUAUCUACCAUGCUGUCCCCAAGGCCCUUGAUGUGUACUCGGACAUGUUACGCCGUUCCGUUCUGCCCAAUGAACAGACAUACACAAUUCUCGUCCAACUGCUGGCAUCCCGCGCCCUGAAGACCUUCCAGUCUAUCCAGAUCUUGGAUGAGCAGCGAGCCCGCUAUGGCGGCAUGGAAGAGGAAGGCAAAUUUAUGCUCCAGUCAAGUGAGGCCGAGCAUGAACUCUUAUCUGAGGAUCAUUCUCUCUCGAUUGCCAUGAAGCUCUUCAAUGCUGCAACUUCGCACCAUGCUGAUAUUUUAUUUCCCCUGGAAACCUAUUGCACUCUUAUCACUGCUUGUGCAAAGAGGGGGGAGGUUGAGCAAAUGAUCAAAAUAUUCGCUCACAUGGAAACCCAUAAGGUCGUCCCGCACGCGACAAUCUUCCCAUCCAUGAUCGAUGCAUUCGCUGCGAAUGGCGAUUUGAAGAGCGCAGUGGAAUGCUACAAUGAAUAUAAAGCCUUGGCUAUCGCUGACGAUAGCGGUGUAUUUGGCAUCAUUGAGCGCAGGGACGCUGAGGUGUAUGCAGCUCUCAUCAAAGCCUAUCUCUCCUGUGGAAAUGAGGCCGGCGCUCUCCGAUUUUUCGAUAAGAUUAGAUCCUCGUUCGACGAAGUGAAGGAAGACCGAGAAGCCAGAAAGUCUGCCGUGGAGGAUGUUGUUGUCAAGGAUGGUUUGAUGCAGCACGCAAUCAAGACUGGAAGCUUUUCGGAGGCCCUUAAAACUGCUCGGGAAUAUCUCUCUAAAACUGGACUCGAAUCAACAUCGGCCAAGAUCUGUAUGGCAGCUGCAGAUUCGGGAGAUAUCGCCGUUGCAUCCGAAGCAUACGAUCUUCUUCCACUAGAAUCCCCUGCUACUAUGGGUCCCGCAUCGGCAAUGCUUGCUCUUCAUAUCCGUCAGGGACACCUUGCAUCCGCGAAACCAUUCUGGGCUGUUCUCUCCUCUCCAAGCCACGCUACUCCGGACCUUAUCCAUCCGACCGCCAUGUAUACCGUUGCCCUCCUUAAAAGCGGCCAAGUUGAGGAAGGCCUUGUGGAGGCGCGGAAAAUGUUCACCCGCAUUCGAAGCUCGGUUGACAGCAAACAAACCCAGGCUCACCUGCGUGAAGAGAUCGAUGAGACUAUCGACCUCCUUGGCCGUGUCAUGAUCGAGUCCUCUGCUGUUCUCUCAGCACAUGCUUCCAUGACCCUCAUCUGGGCCAUGAUCGAGAAUGGUGGAUUGGUUUCGCCUGUAGCAGAGCACGUCAUCGCUAGCCUUGGUCCGUCGGGUAUCUCGCAACUUAGCAUCCAGGACCUAACACUUGCUCUCCAAGUACAGGCCGGAAUGCUGGUCAACACUUCUGAGCUAUUUGACGCUGCCAACCCAGCUCGAUUUGCCCACAUGCUCGAAUUUGCGUUGGCUGCUGGGAUCCCAAUGCACACACUGAAAUCCCGUGUGCUCGAGGAAGCUAUUCUUAAGAUCGCUGACAGCCGCCCAGAUUUGGUUCAGAGAUGGCGUGGCUAUGUGCAAUCACCAGUUGACAAUACCAGCUUCGUGCCCGCACGAUACACCCCGGUUCCCCAACCUUCCCCAGAUUCGAAGCCAACGACUCACGAAGACACUUUUGACCCAUACGCCCAUGCUACCGACUUUCCUACCGAGGCCGUCAAGAUCUUCCACCGCGCCAUAUCGGAAGGAGUCGACCCAACAUCAUUCCUCUACAAUGCCCUAAUCGGAAAGCUUGGCAAGGCUCGCCGGAUCGAUGACUGCCUCCUUUACUUUGCCGAGAUGCGUGCCAAUGGUAUCCGACCCACCAGCGUCACCUACGGCACCAUCGUCAACGCCCUCUGCAGAGUCAGCGACGAGCGCUUCGCAGAGGAAAUGUUCGACGAAAUGGAAUCUAUGCCCAACUACAAACCUCGCCCGGCCCCAUACAACUCCGUCAUCCAAUAUUUCCUCAACACGAAGCGCGACCGCUCCAAGGUGCUCGCAUACUACGAGCGGAUGAAAACAAAACACAUCCAGCCCACCAUGCACACCUACAAGCUCCUGAUCGACGCCUAUGCCUCCCUCGAGCCCGUCGAUAUGAAGGCCGCAGAGGAAGUCCUCGACACCAUCCGCUCAACGGGCAAACAGCCCGAAGCCGUGCACUUCGCCUCCCUCAUCCACGCCAAAGGCUGCGUCAUGCACGACAUGGAUGGCGCACGCAAGAUCUUCGACUCCGUUAUCUCCAGCCGCCACGUCCAGCCACAACCAUGUCUGUACCAGGCCCUCUUUGAAGCCAUGGUCGCCAACCACCAAGUCUCCGCCACCGCUGAGCUGCUGAAGCACAUGGUCAGUCGCAACGUGGAGAUGACGCCGUACAUCGCCAACACGCUCAUCCGCGGCUGGGCUGCCGAUGGUAACAUCGCCAAUGCGCUGUCCGUAUACAACGGCAUCGGCAUCAGCAAGCGCGAACCCAGCACCUAUGAAGCGAUGACCAGGGCCUUCCUGGCCGCGGAGGAUCGCCAGGGUGCGUCCGGCGUUGUGCAGGAGAUGCUGUCGCGCGGCUAUCCGUCCGCGGUCACUGGGAAAGUGCUGGAACUAGUCGGUGGCGGAACCGCCGGCUCCCCUUCAGCUUAA